AUGGAGCCUGAUAGCGGUCAAGAGGCACAAUUGUCGACGACGUCAUCGUACGUGACCCCGGCAUUAUCCGCCAAAGUCCAGUUGACAGCACAGACCAACCCUACACUUGCGAACUUGCUCAAUGCGGUCAUCAACCAUACUGCGACCGAUGAGGAGGUCAAGCGGCUGGAUGUUCUGAUCCGCCAGCUCGAAGAUAUAUCGGAACUGGGAGGUUCGAAUAUACCUCCUCCGAGCUCAACGCCAUCAGAUCCAGUCAGAUCGGGUUCGCCGAAAUUGUUCGACCUCAUUUUGGAGUUCCAUAAAAAGCUAUCUGACAGGUGA